AUGUCUCUUGAUCUGCAAUCGAAACUGAAAUUGAGGGAUGGCAAUGAGAUCCCUAUCAUGGGUUUCGGAACGUACGAGAUGGAUGGGAAAGAAGCAUAUUCAGCUGUGAAGUACGCUCUGGAGACCGGAUAUCGCCAUGUCGACUCCGCGGAAUGGUAUCACAACGAGCAUGAAUGCGGACGUGCCAUCCUCGACUUUUGCGCCUCCUCCGGAGUGCCGCGCUCCGAGAUCUGGUACACGACGAAGCUGCGCUCGAACUCAGGCUACGCAGCGUCGAAAGCCGCGAUUGCACAAUCGCUCGAGACCUCAAGCCUCGGCUACAUUGACUUGUACCUGGUGCAUUCACCGAUCGGUGGCCCUCAGAAGCGCGCGGAAAGCUGGAAGGCAGUGCUGGAGGCUAAGAAGGAGGGAUUGGUGCGCAGCGUCGGUGUCAGCAACUACGGUGUACGGCACCUGCAGGAGAUGUUGCAAGCCCGCGUAGAGUUGCCCGUAAUCAAUCAGGUCGAUCUCCAUCCGUUCAUGACGCGGGCAGAUAUCGUGGCGUUGUGUCAAGAACAUGGGAUGGCUCUUGAGGCUUGGGCACCGCUUGUGCGAGGGCUUCGUUUCAAGCAUCCAUCCAUCGUGAGUCUCGCGAAGAAGUAUCACAAGGACCCAGCCCAGGUGUUACUGCGAUACUCGCUGCAGAAGGGUUAUAUACCUCUACCGAAAUCGUCCAAGCCGCAACGUAUCAAGUCGAAUGUCAACGUCUAUGAUUUUGAGCUCACAGCGGACGAGAUAGCCCACCUGGAUAGCCUCGACGAAGAACUGGUUACUGACUGGGAUCCGACCAAGUGUCCGUGA